AUGUCUGAAUCAAUUAACAAAUAUUCUAAAAUCUCAACAAGUGGAAGUAAACUACCAAGGGCAUUUGCUGGGUCUUCACAAAAUCAUUCACUUACAAUGGAAUCAAUAUCUUCCUUAUCACCAAGAUCUUCUAUAAGAUUUGCUUCACUAAAUCUAACAUCAAAAAAAUCUGCUGAAGAGACACUAAGAGAAUUAUUAUUCAGAGACAACUCCAUUUUAUUAAAGUCAUAUUGUGAUAGUUUAUUAAAAAAAGACCCUCAAACAAAUCAAAUAUUUACCCUCAUUCUCUUUUAUUCUUCACGUGGUAAAAUUACUCAAUUAUUAUGUCAAGUUGGAAGACGUGAAAUCAAAGAAGCUAAGGCAGGUACUCCUUUGUUUAGAGGAAAUACUCCAUUUAUUCGGUUGUAUAGUUAUUAUCUCUUCUUUUAUUGUAGUGAUUUUAUGAAUAAAACAACUUCAGAAGUAAUGAAUGAAACAGGAAUAAAUAAAUUAAAUCCAGAUGAAUAUGAUGAUGAGACAUGGAUAGAAAAAUUCAUUAAGUAUUAUUCACUUUUAAUAGUGCAAAAUGCCAAUUGCAUUCCAUGUCAUCAAAGAAAGGUAAUCAAAAGUCUUCUUUCUUCUCCAUCAGUUAUAGAUGAUAUAACAAAAAAGAAACAAAUAUUUUCUACGUUAAUGUUCCUUCGUUAUCUUUUUGUCCCUUUCUUAAAACAUCCAUAUAUUCUUAAAUCACUUCAAAAAUGUGUUUCAGAAUGGAUUAGAGAAGGUGAGGACAAAGAUAAAAAACAAGGAAAUCCAACAGAUGUUUUUAAUGAAUUAAAAUUGAGUUUAGAUUAUCUUUAUGAUAAUGUAGUAAAUUCUCCUGUUGGUUUUGAAGUUGGAAUGAUAAACCUAAAACAACAAGAACAGUCUUUAAAUGAAUUAAUGGAUAUACUUAAAGACAAUUUAUUUACACUUAGUUCUGAUUAUAAUGGUGAUUUUCAAGAGAUAUUUAAUUUAGUUAAAGGAAAACAAGAAGUAGAUACUUCAACUAAUAUGGAUUUUGCUACUGAUGAAUUAAAACAUUGGACUGGAAGUAAAUUAGAGAUAGCUUCACAACUAAAUUGUGAAUUAAAAUUUAAAAUAACAGAAUUAACAAGAGAGAAUGAACGUAUUAAACACAGGAUUUCAUUUAUUAACAACUAUUUUUUAUAA